GCAGAACUCCCAGGCCACGAAGCUCAUUUCACUGACUGCAGCUGUCCCCCUGGGGCGCCCCGUCUGCCCUACUUGCCAUCACCCAGAUGCACAGGAUCUUGUGGCAGAAAGCAGGAGCCUGGAUGGGAAGAGGAGCAGCCAGGCCGAGGUGGGCGCCGCUCCCCCUCCCCAGCCCUGCCCAGGUCCUGAGAGAUCUGGGACCUGAGGCUCAUUAGUGCCUGCAUAAUGGAUGCCUCCUUCUCUCUUCUUGGAAAUCACCCGCCCAUCUUGCUUAAUGGCCACAAGGGAAGCGGGACCUCUGUGCUCUGCUCAUAAAGUGGCCUCUGCCUCUCCAUUUCCCCUUGGAGGAGGGGCAGCAGAGCGGCUCACACAGGGGAGACCUGGCCUCUUGUCUUCUGCUUCACGACGGCCGGAUGACAGCGCGUCUGCUGCAAGUAGCAUGGAGGUGACAGACCGCAUUGCUUCACUGGAGCAAAGAGUUCAGAUGCAAGAAGAUGACAUCCAGCUGCUCAAAUCAGCUCUAGCUGAUGUGGUUCGGCGGCUGAACAUCACUGAGGAGCAGCAGGCUGUGCUUAACAGGAAAGGACCUACCAAAGCAAGACCACUGAUGCAGACCCUGCCUUUAAGAACCACUGUCAACAACGGCACUGUGUUACCAAAGAAACCUAGUGGCUCUCUACCUUCCCCUUCCGGGGCCAGGAAGGAAACUGCUAUGCCAGCAACCAAAAGAUUAAACAGAUCUGUGAGUCUUCUCAAUGCUUGCAGACUGAAUAGAUCGACACCAAGUAACAUCAAGAGGACCAGCUCUUCUGAACGAGUAUCUCCUGGGGGUCGAAGGGAAAGCAAUGGGGAUUCCAAAGGAAACCGGAAUCGCACAGGCUCUACCAGCAGUUCUUCCAGUGGCAAAAAGAACAGUGAAAGCAAACCCAAGGAGCCUGUAUUCAGUGCAGCCCUUCUGUCUCUGUCUCCGAAAUCACAAGGGAAACGCCGGGUGACACACUGCAAAGAAGAAGGCUAUGUAAAAAUGUUUCUUCGUGGACGUCCUGUUACCAUGUACAUGCCCAAAGACCAAGUGGAUUCUUACAACUUGGAAGCAAAAGUAGAACUUCCAGCCAAGAGACUCAAGCUGGAAUGGGUCUAUGGGUACAGGGGUCGAGACUGCCGUAACAACCUGUACUUGCUUCCAACGGGAGAGACCGUCUACUUCAUCGCGUCCGUGGUGGUGUUAUACAACGUGGAGGAGCAGCUGCAGAGGCAUUACGCUGGCCACAACGAUGACGUGAAGUGCCUAGCAGUUCAUCCUGAUCGGAUCACGAUAGCAACAGGACAAGUGGCAGGCACAUCGAAGGAUGGAAAACAAUUGCCCCCACAUGUGCGCAUCUGGGAUUCUGUGACAUUGAAUACUCUCCACGUCAUUGGCAUAGGUUUUUUUGACCGAGCAGUCACCUGUAUUGCAUUCUCAAAAUCUAAUGGAGGAACCAAUCUCUGUGCUGUGGAUGACUCCAAUGACCACGUGCUCUCUGUAUGGGACUGGCAGAAAGAAGAAAAACUGGCCGAUGUGAAGUGCUCUAAUGAAGCUGUGUUCGCUGCGGAUUUCCACCCCACGGACACCAACAUCAUAGUCACCUGUGGAAAGUCACAUCUCUACUUUUGGACACUAGAAGGAAGCUCCCUGAAUAAGAAGCAAGGAUUAUUCGAGAAACAAGAAAAGCCAAAGUUUGUCCUCUGUGUGACUUUCUCUGAAAACGGUGACACCAUUACUGGAGAUUCAAGUGGCAACAUCUUAGUUUGGGGAAAAGGCACGAAUCGAAUAAGCUAUGCGGUUCAAGGGGCCCACGAGGGUGGCAUUUUUGCACUUUGUAUGUUAAGAGAUGGCACACUGGUGUCCGGAGGCGGGAAAGACCGAAAGCUCAUUUCUUGGAGCGGAAACUAUCAAAGACUUCGUAAAACUGAGAUUCCAGAACAGUUUGGUCCAAUACGGACAGUGGCCGAGGGCAAAGGCGAUGUGAUCUUGAUUGGCACAACUCGAAACUUUGUCCUGCAGGGCACUCUGUCAGGGGACUUUACACCCAUUACUCAGGGUCACACUGAUGAGCUCUGGGGACUGGCCAUCCAUGCCUCAAAACCUCAGUUCUUGACCUGCGGGCAUGACAAGCAUGCCACUCUCUGGGACGCUGUGGGUCACCGUCCUGUCUGGGACAAAAUAAUAGAGGAUCCAGCUCAGUCUUCUGGUUUUCAUCCUUCAGGGUCUGUGGUUGCAGUCGGAACACUCACUGGGAGGUGGUUUGUGUUUGACACAGAAACAAAAGACUUGGUCACCGUUCACACAGAUGGAAACGAACAGCUCUCAGUAAUGCGUUACUCACCAGAUGGGAAUUUCCUAGCCAUAGGCUCACAUGACAACUGCAUCUAUAUCUAUGGCGUCAGUGACAACGGGAGGAAGUACACACGUGUGGGCAAGUGCUCGGGUCAUUCCAGCUUCAUUACUCACCUGGACUGGUCGGUAAACUCGCAAUUCCUCGUGUCAAAUUCCGGAGACUACGAAAUCCUCUACUGGGUUCCCUCCGCCUGUAAGCAAGUUGUAAGCGUGGAAACUACAAGAGACAUUGAAUGGGCCACCUACACCUGCACUUUGGGAUUCCAUGUUUUUGGAGUGUGGCCAGAAGGCUCGGAUGGAACCGACAUCAAUGCCGUCUGCCGGGCCCAUGAGAAAAAACUCCUGUCUACAGGCGACGACUUUGGCAAAGUGCACCUCUUCUCAUUCCCCUGCUCGCAGUUCAGGGCUCCAAGCCACAUCUACGGCGGGCACAGCAGCCACGUCACCAACGUCAAUUUCCUCUGCGAAGACAGCCACCUCAUCUCCACGGGCGGGAAGGACACGAGCAUCAUGCAGUGGCGUGUCAUUUAGUCCCCACCGAGAGCCAUGGGGAGCAGCAUGGGCAAGGAAGACACAGACUCGCAUUACCCCUGGUCACUGUGAUUUCUGUUUUGUUUAAAAAGUUCUUACAAACCUCAGGAAAACUGUACCCUCUGCCGGCUACCUUAGCUUAGCGGGUCAGCGGUGCCACAGCGUUCACUUUUGUUGUACAAUAAAUGACACUGCACGUUGAAUAUCAACCAGGUUCCAGCGUUUACAUGACAGCAACAUCAACAGAAGUGACUGGUGUCCUCUUAGUAACUUUUCUAUGAACUCUUCAAAAAUGGUCACAGAAUGCCUUUUAAAACACUGUAUAUAGUCUUCACUGUUUCACCAUCUAGCUUGCUGUCACAUAUUGAUGAUGAUAAUGAGGUACUGAACCAUGAUGGCUGUUGAUGAAUUGGUCCUAAAAGGGCAGAUACCACUUAAGGAGAGUGAGUAACUGAUUUGCACAGCUGAAUCAGGAGACGCAAAGAUGAGACUGUAUUUGGUUACAUUUUCCAAGGUUUCAUGACCUUCUCCCUUGGGGAGUCUAUGAGAGAGGGCUUGUAUCCUUCUUGUGCUAGGCAGAUUCUACUCCUAAUUGACUUAAAUAUUUCAGCAGGGGACACAGGCGUUUCCAAGUUUCAGUGACACCGUCCUGCCUAACCAGAUGCGGUCAGCCUCUUCACGCCCAACUGGCUUGCACCCCCUCCCUUGUUCACACGCCCUGAUUAACGGUGAGACGUUUUGCCACCUUCUUCUGUAUAUGACUUGGCAUGAGAUGAUAUUGUAUUUGUAUAGGAUUCUAGCAAUUCAUAAUAAAUAUGUAAGACUAGGCUUCACUGUCUGAUGCUUACAGACAUUGUAUAUUUGUAUUUUACGACCAAGUAGACCAACUCAGAAAGAUCUCUCUUGAGUGUACCAUAAACCUGCAGAGAGAAGUCUCCAAAGGCUCCACCAGGUACCAAGGGCAGCUGCUUUUUCUGUCUUUUGUGCAUGGGCGACUCAUUACCAUAUGAAAUAAGAUUGAGCUCUGAUGCGUUGAACGGAGGUGGCAGAAAUUUGUCAAGAAGGCCUUAUCCAUUUCCAUUGUGUGACAGAUUGAAAUUUAUUGUUUACAUUGGGGAAUGUAUCUCAAAUUUUUAAAUAGAAGAGUAAUAAACAGACUUUAAAACAAAUAUUAAGAUUUUUACUCAUUCUAGGCAAGUAAGUGAAUGGAAUUAUCUGAACUCUAUGGCACUGGUUGUUCAGAGUGGCUGAUUAAGAGCAAAUUUCAGAAACCUUUUUGACAACAUCACCAGCCUGCUGCGGAAGUGCAGGGCACCAGUAGACACCGUGUAUUAUUGAAGAUGAAUCUGUUUGUAUGUAUCCUUGUCAAAUAUAUUCUAUAAUGAAAUAAAAUCUGAAAAGUGGA